CCGCGGGACAUGCCCUUCCGCGGGUAGCCGCGCCGCCGGUCCGGGUGGAUGCUUGAGAGUGGAGGAUAAGGUACAAGUGUCUGGGACCAGUGGAAUGGAGGCCUGAUGUAGAUGGAAAGAUGGAUGAAGAAGCAGCUCUGAACUCUAUUAUGAAGGAUCUGGCAGCAUUGGGCAAAUGUGGGGGGCUGCUGGACAACAACAGGAAUAAAAACAGUGUUCACAGCAGCAAACAGCAGCGGAAUGUCAGGAUCAAGUUUGAAUAUGAAGGAGAGAAAAGGAUUAUCCAGUUUCCAAGACCAGUCAGAUUCAAAGAAGUGGUGCAGAAGGUCACAGAUGCUUUUGGACAGACGAUGGACUUAGUCUGUGUGAACAACGAGCUCCUGAUCCCGCUGAAAUCCCAGGAAGAUUUGGACAAAGCGAUGGAACAGUUGGAGCUGAGCCCUUCCCUGAAGAGCCUGAGGAUCCUUGUGAGCGCUCCAAAGAAAGCGAAUCUCCUCCAGCCAAACAACAGCAAACAGCACGAAAUGAGGAUCUCCAGGUCCAUGGGUGAUAUCAUGGGAUCCCUGUACAAAGACUCUGAGAGGACGCGGAAGUAUUCAACAGGCUCUCUGCACACUGGCAGGAGCUCUCCGCCCCCAGGGAGCGUUCCUGAAGAGCAGCAGCAGAUCGCUCGCCAGGGAUCCUAUACCAGCAUCAACAGUGAGGGCGAGUUCAUCCCUGAGACCAUGGAUCAGAAUAUGCUUGAAGCUUUCAUCAGCCCUGAUGAUUCACUGUCUGGGAGCUGCCAAUCGCUGGACAGAUCUGUGGACAGCCCUCCCUUCACCCAAACCCCUGUUCCUGGAAGGAAGACCCAUCCCAAAGACAGUCUUGAUUGCAUGGAUUUUGAUAUCCCGUUCUGCGAGAGGUUUGGGAAAGGUGGGACCUUCCCGAGGCAAUACCACCUCUCCCAAAGUCGCAAGGACUACAGUGAUGGCCGGAGGACUUUUCCUAGGAGUUACUUCCCACAGGAGAACCUGUUUCAGCUUGUCCCUUCUAGCCGAACCAAGAGCUUUAAUGGGGACAGCAAGCUCAGCACCUUGCAGUACGAUGAGUACAGGCCCAAAUGGAGGAGCAAUUGUGAAAAAGGUCUGCAAGUCUUCAGCACCUCCCCUACAAAAGCUAGGAACUCCCUGCAGGCACCUGUGAACUGGAGGCUGGGGAAACUGCUUGGAAGAGGGGCUUUUGGGGAAGUUUAUCUCUGCUAUGAUGCUGACACUGGCCGGGAGCUGUCAGUGAAGCAGGUGCCUUUUGACCCUGAGAGUCAAGAGACAAGUAAAGAAGUUAAUGCCUUAGAAUGUGAGAUUCAGCUGUUGAAGACUCUCCGCCAUGACAGGAUAGUGCAGUACUAUGGGUGCUUGCGGGAUCCUGAGGAGAAGAAGCUCUCUAUAUUUGUUGAAUACAUGCCAGGGGGCUCAAUAAAGGACCAGCUAAAAGCUUACGGUGCUCUGACCGAGAAUGUCACACGGAAGUACACCAGGCAGAUCCUGCAGGGCGUUUUCUACUUACACAGCAAUAUGAUUGUCCACAGGGACAUUAAAGGUGCCAAUAUUUUGAGAGAUUCUGCUGGAAAUGUGAAACUUGGAGAUUUUGGGGCCAGCAAACGUAUUCAAACCAUCUGCAUGUCUGGGACUGGGAUUAAAUCUGUCAUGGGAACACCAUACUGGAUGAGCCCAGAGGUUAUCAGUGGAGAGGGCUAUGGAAGGAAAGCUGAUGUAUGGAGUGUGGCCUGCACCGUGGUGGAGAUGUUAACAGAGAAGCCGCCGUGGGCAGAGUUCGAGGCCAUGGCGGCUAUUUUUAAGAUUGCCACCCAGCCGACCAAACCCCAGCUCCCUGACAGUGUCUCCAACUCCUGCCGCAACUUCCUCGAGCAGAUCUUCGUGGAGGAGAAGCGGAGGCCGACAGCUGAGGACCUGCUGAGACACCCCUUCGUGAACUGCGGGCUCUGAGCCCCUGGCAGUGGGGAUGGGGAAACGCUGGUGGGAACGGGGUGGCCGCCAGACUUUCUGUGCUCUACGGUUCAGACCUCCACCCUGGGCUGUCCUGGCGGUGGCCCCCAUAGGUCCCUUCUUGCUCAUUGUUGGCUCAGCACCCUCUGUGUUGUUGGAUUUCCAAGCUGCUCUCAGGAUUAUUGGCACCAGGAAUUCAGAGUGAGGGAUUUCCCAGACUUAUGCGAGUGCUGGCCUCGGACCAAGUAACCUUCUUGCUGCCAGCGAUAAGAGGGUCAUCCCACCUCACCAUGUUACUUAUCUCUAGGGGAAAGUGCAGCAAAUGGGAUCCAUUCUCCGCCACAGCACAACAGCGAUGCUGGCAGCAUCCCCGGGACAGCAGAUGAAUAAGAUGCUCAGUGGCGGUCACCACCUUUUGCAGGAGAACAGACAGGGGCUUAAGCCAAGCUGAAGGAGAUGAUCCUCAGACUACAGAGUCGGGGGGACCUGCAUGUCCUCGUUCACAAGGGGACCGAACCCUCCUGGAGGUCGUGGGACCAGCCCACAUCUCCAGGCAGGGCGGCAUUUAAUACUGUUCUGUGCCUUAAGCGGUUACAAUCAAGGAGUGAUGCUCGGCGCAAAGCACAGGGUCGGGUGCGAUGAUGCAGCAGCCGUGUUGACUUUGCCUUUGUGUAUGUGUGUGCAUGUGUGUGUGUGUGACUCUUGGAAGAAGGGGUCCUCUCAGGGUGCAGGAGGUCUCUCUGGGGUACACCCAUGGACCGAUGCCCAGGACCUCUGCCAUGGGCUGUGUGUAGGGAUGUUUAAAUGUUGUCAAUACCUGCAGCUGAGCAUCAGACAGUUCUUGUUAGGAACCAUCAGGCUUCAGGUGGGAGCUGGAGGACAUCUUGGUGAGGAUGCUCUCUGCUCACAGCCUUAGUCCUGCUAGCCUGUACCUAUGCUGCUACACUGAGUUUGGAGGGCUGCCAAUACAUUGUGGAAGCAGAGCUGCAGGAGGAGCCCAGUGGGUCUCCAAAUAACCUAAGCAGAGAGAAACAGAGCCUGUUGAUCUGGACUGCCAAGGGCUGGGUGCCUUCUCCAGGCCCUGUACGACCAGCCCUGGGAGCAGGGAAGGGGGAUAUCAUCUCCAUGAUGGUGCCCAAGGCAGCAGCUGCAGGGCUGUGAAGCUGCAAAUCAGAAGAGAGUUAUGUGAGUUGAGGGCAGCUGGAAACAGAUUUCUUCCCCCAGUAUAUUUGAAGUUUUAGGAGAAAAUAGGCCAGUUGUGAGCUACAAGCAGUACCCUGCUGGGAAACUGGGCAGGGAGCAUGCACAGACUCCUUGGAAGCUAAUGAAUUCAUCAGAUCUUGGUUAUUUUGGACAAACUAAUUGCACCUUCCCUUUUCCUGCUGCAAUAGCUGUGUCCAUCUGGCCCAGCAAAGGGUUAAAUAUGCAGUUACCAGGAGGUUGCUGUCUUCAUGCCAGUGGGUGAAAACAUAUUGUUUCUAAUUGAAAAUGAAAAGCGUUGCUUGGACUGAAGAGGAAGUUGGGAGAUUGGUGUGAUUUGACCUGUCCUUGGAUUCUUCCACGUGGAAGAAGAGAUCAAGACUUUGCACGGCAGGUGUGCCAGUAAGAGCCUUUCCUUGUCAACAGCUCGGAAAAGAAGCAAAAAUUAGAGCUAUUCCAGUUUAAAAAUAAAACACUGGUAUGGUCAGGGAAAAUGAGGGGAAAUAGCUCAAAGGAUUCCCUAGAAACUUCCCUGCAAAGCUGCAGAGGCCAGUUCUUGCCCAGGCUGGGCUCUGGUGAAACCAGUCUGACACAGCGGUGAUGGGCAGCUGUCUUGGGAAGGGGGGGUUUAAAGUUGCCUCCUUUCUCUGGGUGGGAGCGAAGAAUUUUAUUCUGUGAAUAGGACCAAAUCCAUCAUCAGUCUGUUUGGUAACAUGGGAUGGAUGGACAAAAAGAAAACAAUCAGUGUUGGCUGGGGAGGGUUUUGUCAGAAGAGGGUAACGAGAGAUGUGUUUUCACCAAAGCUAACAAA